GAUGGCCGCCGCCUGGGAGCGGCCGGCGCGGCGCGCCGCGGGGGUGUCUGGGAGUUGUAGUCCUGGCCCGAGCACUGACGCACUUGGCCUCGGGGCGACGGGCGCCAUUGUGCACUACGCGCGGGACUCCGCCCUUUCCCGCCAGCCGCGUCGGAGAGGAAGGCAUGGCCUCCGGGCUUCCGAUGGCCUGGUUGCAUGAACUGGUGGCUUUUGAAGAUGUGAGCCUGGGUUUUGACCCGGAAGAGUGGGAACUGCUGGACCCUGAGCAGAAGUCCCUGUACAGACAGGUGGUGCUGGAGAACUACAGGAACCUGGCCUCCGUGGAAUAUCAGCUUUCCAAGCCAGAGGUGGUGUCUCGGUUAGAGGAGGAGGAAGAGCUCUGGUCGGUGGAGAGAGGAGUUCCUCAAGACACCUCUUCAGGGCGUCCUGAGGCUCCACGGGACCCCCCACCGGACCCCCCGUCGGACCUCCUUCCCGCCGGGGCGCCGCUGAUGCAGAUCGAGGUGGUGGAGGUCCUCUCCCUGAACGAGGAGGCGGCGCGCUCCCGGAACGCCGGCCUCUGGGCCCUCUACGCCGGAGAGGACGGCCUGAGCCCCGAGGGCCGCGGGGAGCCCACGCCCCCGGGCAGCCGCCCCGCCGACCCCGAGGCCGCACGACAGCGGUUCCGGGGGUUCCGCUUUGAGGAGGCGGCGGGGCCCCGAGAGGCCCAGGCCGAGCUCCGCGAGCUGUGCCGCCAGUGGCUGCGGCCCGAGGCGCGCUCCAAGGAGCAGAUGCUGGAGGCGCUGGUGCUGGAGCAGUUCCUGGGCGCGCUGCCCGCGAAGCUCCGCGUGUGGGUGGAGUCGCAGCACCCGCAGGACUGCCAGCAGGCGGUGGCCCUGGUGGAGGAUGUGACCUGGGCAUCCGAGGAGAAAGCUCUGCCUGCCUCGGGCCCCACCUGCCCCCCGGAGACCCCAGCUCAGGAGGAGAAGGAGGAGAAGGAGACCACCUGCCCAGCAGAGGUCCUGCCAGAGGAGCCAGUGACCUUCCUGGACGUGGCCCUGGACUUCAACAGGGACGAGUGGGAGCUGCUGGACCCCACACAGAGGACCGAGUACCAUGACGUGAUGCUGGAGACCUUCCGACACCUGGUCUCCGUGGGCUGGGAGACUACACUGGAAGGGGAGCAGUUACCCCCAAAGUCAGCUCUUCCUGAGGCAGAACCAGCCCCCAACCUGAAAGUGGAAGAGCUCUCGGGGGCUGAGGCCCAACCCUCUACCUCAGGGGAGGCCCCGCAGCGGGGGGCCCUGGAAGUUGGGGACACGGCAUUGCCGCCUGUGGGGCUGGCCCAGGAGGAAGCCCUCUCUGAGAAGCAGCAGCGUGAAAGCCCCAAGUCCCCAGCAGGCAGGGGUCUCGCCACAAGCCGCGCCUCCCUCCGGAAAACUCUACCCCGGAAAGGCUUGCGCAGGCAUAGCUCACGCAGGCAUAGUUCACGCCUUAGAAAGGCAGCGCUCGAUUCCCAGGUAAAAACCCAGCAGAGCCGCCAAGGGAGCAGAGCCCGGGAAAGCAGGGGCACCCCGCAGGUCACGUUUGUGCAGAUCCACAAGGGGAGCCAGGUGUUCCGCUGCAGCGCGUGUAGCAAACUGUUCCGGAACCCCAGGUACUUCUCCGUGCACAGGAAGAUCCACACGGGAGAGAAGCCCUACGUGUGCCGGUACUGCGGCAAGGCCUUCAUCCAGAGCUCCUCCCUCACACAGCACCAGAGGAUUCAUACUGGAGAGAGGCCGUUCAAGUGUCGAGAGUGUGGGCGGACCUUCAAUGACCGCUCGGCCAUCUCCCAGCACCUGAGGACUCACACCGGAGCCCGGCCCUACCUGUGCAAGUUCUGCAGCAAGACUUUCCGCCAGAGCUCCCACCUCAUCCGGCACCAGAGGAUCCACACCGGGGAGCGCCCCUAUGUCUGCGACAGAUGCGGGAAGGCCUUCACCCAGAGCUCACACCUCAUCGGGCACCAGAAGACGCACAGUGGGGCUAAACGCAAGAAGAGACACCGAUCUAGCGCUAAAGCCAGUUCAUUUCAGCCUCCGCCAAACGCACGGGAUGCGGUGAACUCGGGCUCCCCCAUCGGGGUCCUCCUCCACUUCCCUGGCAGUCACUACGCCGCCGCCGUUGCGGUGAGCAACCGCCGCACCGCGCCACGCGAGAAACGGCCAAAGGCGCGCGAGAACCAGGCACCCCCCCCCACCCCCGGCGCGCUGCCUUCUGGGACUUGUAGUUGCCGGCGCCGAGCGCGCGCACUUCCGCCGCGCACCGGAAGCGCCGCCAUUGCCUCGCCCGCGCAGCUCAUCCAGUUCCGGCGUAGAGAGUGUUGUGAGGGGGGCGCAGGCGGGAGCCGCCGGAGAAGAGGUGCCGACCGCGGAGGCUGGGACGCCAUCCCCGCCCCCCGCGUCUCCCCGGCGACACGGCCCCGGUCGCCCCACCGCCUCGUGUCACCGCAUCCCGGAGUCGCCUCGGGCCCCAUUGGCCGGAAGUCGGUAGGCGGAGGCUCCCAUUGGCCCGAUGCCAGAAGCCUCCUAUUGGUCGAAGCCUCAACAACCGGAGACCCCAUUGGUUGCGCGCUGCCACGCGCCGCGCGGCCUUCUGGGAGUUGUAGUCUGGACGUCCCCGGAGCGGCCGCCAUUGUCCCGCGGUGGGCGAGCAGUAGCGGACCCUGCGGCGGGGGAGGCUCGCGGGUUUGGGGUCUCCCCGCGCUCUCGUCCUUGACCUCUCGGCCCCAGAUGGACCCUGAGGAGGAAGCGGCCGCGUGGGCGAUGGCGGUGGCGCCGGGGCCGCCGCCGGGACGGCCGCAGGAGCCGGUGACCUUCCGGGACGUGGCCGUGGACUUCUCCCCGGAGGAGUGGGGGCGGCUGGACCCGGCGCAGAGGACGCUGUACCGGGACGUGAUGCUGGAGACCUUCGGGCACCUGCUCUCUGUGGGGCCUGAGCUUCCCAAACCGGAAGUCAUCUCCCAGCUGGAGCGAGGCGCUGAGCUGUGGGUGGUGGAGCACGGACUCGCCCAGGGCUGCUGUCCAGGCUGGGACCCGGGACCUGAAGGGCCCGCGCCGCCCGCGGGGCAGGUCCUUCCUGAGGAGGCGCCGUCCAGCGUCGCGGACAGGACAGGCCUCCCGGGGGCCGCCGCCCGCCCCGCCCCGGGGGAAGGCUGGGGCGAGGAGGACCAGGGCGGCUCCCGGCCCGCGGAGUUCCGCCUCGAGGCAGCACCCGCUCCGGGGAGGAGCCCCGAGAGCCCCGGCCCCGGGGAGAGCCGUGCCCCGAGCGCAGACCUGGGCCCGUUCCCCGCGGCCCCCGGGAGCGCGGCCUCCUGUCCCUCCGACUCGCCGGCCACAGACUCGGGGGCCCAUCCCCGCGCCCCCGGCCAGCAGCCCGGCUCCUCGGAGCCGCCCUGGGACGGCGGGGCCCUGGCGGAGCUCGCGGCCGGCCCCCCCGAGAAGCCCUACAAGUGCGCGGACUGCGGCAAGGCCUUCAACCACAACGCGCACCUCACGGUGCACAAGCGCAUCCACACCGGGGAGCGGCCGUACAUGUGCAAGGAGUGCGGCAAGGCCUUCAGCCAGAACUCCUCGCUGGUGCAGCACGAGCGCAUCCACACGGGCGACAAGCCCUACAAGUGCGCCGAGUGCGGCAAGUCCUUCUGCCACAGCACGCACCUCACCGUGCACCGCCGCAUCCACACGGGCGAGAAGCCCUACGCCUGCCAGGACUGCGGCCGCGCCUUCAACCAGAACUCCUCGCUGGGCCGGCACCGGCGCACGCACACCGGCGAGAAGCCCUACGCCUGCAGCGUGUGCGGGAAGGCCUUCUCGCGGACCACCUGCCUCUUCCUGCACCUGCGGACGCACACGGAGGAGCGGCCCUACGAGUGCAGCCACUGCGGCAAGGGCUUCCGGCACAGCUCCUCGCUGGCGCAGCACCAGCGCAAGCACGCGGGCGAGAAGCCCUACGAGUGCCGCCAGCGGCUCAUCUUCCAGCAGGCGGCGCUCGCGGCGCACCCGUGGGCGGGCGCCCUGGGCUGCGACCCGGCCCUGGCGCCGGGGGAGAGCGCCCCGCGCAGUGACCGGCCCUUCCGCUGCGGCCAGUGCGGGAAGUGCUUCAUCCAGAGCUCGCACCUCAUCCGGCACCAGGUGACGCACACGCGGGACGGGCCUCGCGGGCGGCGGCGGCGGCGGCCGGAGCAGCCCCUGGGCCGCAGCUUGGUGCCUCACCUGCACCCAGGCGAGGCCCCCGGGGACGGGCCCCGGGCAGGGCCGCCUGCCAGCAAGGCGCUCGCGCUGUUUGACAUCCAGGGGAUCGUGCAGGACAGGAAGCCCGUGCACGUGAUUGCGGUGGAGGAGCCGCCCGUGGGCGCGUCCGUGGUGUUUGACAUCAAGGAGGCCCCCUAGGCGGACGGGCACCGCAGCGACCGACCCGGCGCAGGGGCCGCGUGGGGCUGACGCGGGGAGGAAGGCCUGGGCGCCCCCGCUCUCCCCAGACGCCGGAGCUUGGGGGGCCUCCGGUCUAUGGAGCCCGGUGCACCCUUUAAACUCUUACUUUCUGUUGCCUCUGGGACCCUGAGACGGGUUCACAGGUCACGUCAGGAAGCCCACAUGGGCCCCGUUCUGUGCAGGAUGAUUGAAGCAAAAGUAACUGUAAUGGAGUAACGUGUCCCAGCCGGUGCGGAAGCUCCCAACCGAGCAGUCAUGCCGGGGACCUGGCAGGGCCUGUGGGCAUCGUCUAGUAACUGGGUCUGAGGUUGGGAAGCAUUGAGAGGGGCAUUCCUGUCCGGGACCGGAUUUUUUUUUUUUUUUUAAUCCUCACCAGAAGAAUAAAAAAUUUUUCCUAUGGAUUAUUUUUUUAGAGAGUGGAAGGGACCGGUGCAGAGGAGAGAGAGACAGAGAGAAACAUUGUUGUGUCAGAGACACAUCCAUUGGUUGCUCCCACUCGUGCCCCAAAGGGAGCCACAGAUUGAAUCUGCAAAUAAGGUACGUGCCCUUGGCCAGAAACCUAACCCUGGACCCUUCAGUCCACAGGCCGGUGCUCUAACCACUGAGAAACCUGCCAGGCGGGAGGUGGAUCUUCAGAGAGUUGACUCGCUCUUGGAAGAAUUUUGAGCAAAACAAAAUGCCAUUGCAUUUCUGGGAAGUUCUCAGCGUGCGGGAUUAGUGUGUUCACCCGUGAAGCCGGCCGAGGGUCUCCGUUCACACUUACACACAGAUUGUUUCAUAGGCACACGCGGCGUCCCCAGGGCCAGUCUGCACUUCGCGGGCUUCAGAGCAGCUUGCCCCACCCCCAUCAGCCACGUCAGCCACCCUCAUGCCCAAGGCAGACGGCACGGAAGCCCUGAGAUGCCACUGCUCCUGGGAAAGCCAUUGCCUGGGAAAGCCGGCGCUGCUCUGAGCCGCCGGCUGGUUCUCCAUCGGUGACGGCUGGUUGUCAGGACUGCAGGAGGCAGGGCCACUGCGUCUUGUGGGCUCGGGCAGGGAUGCUGCUCACCAUCCCAUAAUGUCCACGCUGCCAAGGGAGAGGCACCGCGCCCAGCACCAGCUGCCGUUUCCCAAACUGUAUAUUGGUUGGGCGGGGCUGUGCUAACAAUGUUUUACGUUUGUUUGUUUUUUUAUUGAUUUCAGAGAGGAAGGGAGAGGGAGAGACAGAAACAUCAAUGAUGAGAGAGAAUUCUUGAUGGGCUGCCUCCUGCAUGCCCCCCACUGGGGAUCGAGCCUGCAACCGGAGCACGUGCCCUUGACAGGAGUGGAACCUGGGACUCUGUCCACUGAGCCGCACCAGCGAGGGCUCUUCUUCCGUCUAUAUUCGUUCUGGGGGGGAAUUUUGUCGCCAUCUCCAGCCUGCCCACCAGCUGCUCCUCGCUUUGCCUGGUGAAAUGCCCUCUGAUCUGGCCUCACACCCCAGGUGUGCUGGGGCUCCUCGUGAAUUGUGUGACGUCACCUUGUAUGGGGGCUCUGCUGGAGGCCGCAGAUGUCCGUGCCAGGUGAGGCCAGACUUCUGAGAACAUGGUUUAUUUCUGUGUGACGCGGGGCAUGCUCACGGGACCUUCAUGUUCACAGUUGCAAACCCCGCCUCGAUCAUCUUACUGCUCUCCAAUUUUAAACCUGAGCAAAGCCAAGCUGGCCAACUUGGUCCACGCUGUUGUUGACGUACAGAGCACUGUGAUAGCCCUGGCUGGUUUAGUCAGCGGUUAGAGCCUUGGCCCGUAGACUGAAGGGUCACGGGUUCGAUUCCGGGUCAAGGGCACGUACCUCAGUUGCAGGCCCCCCAGCCCCAGUAGGGGCACGUGCAGGAGGCAACCGAACGAUGUAUCUCUCAUGUCAACCUUCUCUCUCCUCCCACCCACUGUCUCUAGAAAGUCGUGGAAAGUCAUCCUCGGGUGAGGAUUGCCGGUCGGGCACAUGCCCAUGUGGCACACUCGAUCCCCCGUGUGGGGCGUGCAGGAGGCAGCCGAUCCAUGAUUCUCUCUCAUCUUUGAUGUUUCUAUCUCUCGCUCCCUUUGCCUCUCUGACAUCAAUAAAGAACAUAUUUUUAAAGUGACAGGAGAGGAUUGUAUCUUGGGUGGGGGCGCACGGUGCAGUGUAUGGAUCUUGUAACAGAAGCCCACACCUGAAACCUAUAUGAUCGUGUUGACCAGUGUCACCCCAAUAAAUGUAAUAAAAACAAAA